GCGAGGAAAUACCAUCGCGAUGGCCGGCCCUAUGGCAAACGUUGCGAACCCGGCGAUGUGAUUGGCUGCAUGCUGAAUCUCAACGAGCGAUCAAUAUUGUUUUCUCUUAACGGUGAAGUUAUGAUGGAUCCAUUGGGUCAAGAAAUCGCUUUCAAGGACAUCAAACCCCAAGAUGUUAUUUUGGGUUGUGGGGAGGGGGCUGAGGGGAAGGUAAUUGCCUAUUUACCGCAUUUAAUAUUCUCCUAUUUCGCUUAUAUAGUCGCAAAAGGCUUUGUGCCAGCGUUUACUCUUGGCUCUGGUCAACAAGUACGCAUAAACUUCGGCAACGCUGUUCAAACCCUCAAAUACUUCACAAUUUGUGGUCUUCAAGAGGGUUAUAGUCCUUUCGCUGUGUACGUCAGCACUUACUGCGCUAACACCAUCACUGUUUAA